AGAGAGAGGGAAUAUCACUGACAUAUAGGAGAGGAAGGCAAUAAAAGUGGAUCAAAUUGGACGGAGCAACCGUGACAACAGAUAGAUUAGAUCUCAGUGAGAUCUGUAGCAAUGGGUAGACUGAGAGAAGGGAUAACCAACCAUUCUAUAUUGGAUCACUCGAUGAUGCUUGAAGGUGCAGAAUCAGUCUCCCGGGAGAUAAUGCUGUGAAGGCCCUGAACAGCAAGGCUGCACACAGCCAAACCAAAGCCAGCGAGCUACAGCACAGGGUGGAGGCCGUGAACGGAUUCAAACGAGUGCAAAAAAGACAUCAUGAGGACAUCUAGGAAAGGAAGCGUUGAAAUGCCUGCUUUUGUAAGGCAGCUGGUGAAGGAGACGGAAAAAAGGGUCACCUCCUUUUUUAAAGGGGGACGAGGGGGAGGCGCAGGGGAGCUGUCCGAAAGCGAAGAGGGGGCAGAGGAGGAAGGAGUGAUCCCUAGCCCCUAUUUGGACCGGCCAGUUCUGGACAAGCACAUGCAAGAGGGUUGUGCCUCCUGGGGACUUACCUAUGCCCUGGCUAGUAUGCAGGGCUGGAGGGCCCACAUGGAGGAUUUCCACAAUUGCUUCCCUCAGCUAGGAGGGGAACUGUCCCACUGGGCGUUCUUCGCUGUUUUCGAUGGACAUGCCGGAAGUGCUGUGGCCCAGAACUGCUCCCGAAAUCUACUUGAUCACAUCUUAGGUACAGGCAAAAUCCGAGCAGAUGAGGAUGUGGAAAGGGUCACUGAGGGCAUCAAGGAGGGCUUCUUUCUUAUGGACAAGCACCUUCAUGCCAUGGCCUGCCGUGAGGGUUGGGAGCGAGGUGGGACCACUGUCGUUUCCACCGCUAUCACUCCGCACCACAUCUACUUUGUGAAUUGCGGGGACUCUCGGGCUGUUCUGUGCCGUGCGGGGCGAGUGGCAUUUUCGACAGAGGACCACAAGCCCUUCAGCCCGGGUGAGAAGGAGAGGAUAGAGAGUGCUGGAGGAUCGGUUACUUUGCAGCGAGUGAAUGGCUCACUGGCAGUCUCUCGAGCAUUGGGGGACUUCAGCUACAAGACAGUUGAGUGGCGGCCGGUCACAGAACAGAUGGUAUCACCAGAACCAGAAGUGUCUGUGGUGGAGCGCUCGCCAGCAGAUGAGUUUCUGAUUCUGGCCUGUGAUGGUGUGUGGGACACUGUCAGUAAUGAAGAGCUCUGUGCCUUCGUACAUAGCCGACUGCGUAUCUGCACAGACCUGAGGGAGGUCUGCUCCCAAGUCAUCGACCUUUGCCUCUAUAAGGGGAGCCUUGAUAACAUCAGCAUCAUUCUAGUAUGUUUCCCUGGCGCCCCCCAGCUGUCACCUGAAGCACUGCACCAGGAGGCUGAGCUUGAGGACUUUUUGGAGUCCAAAGUGGCUGAGAUAUUUGAAGAGCUGAGCGUGAGAGGUGAUGAGCCUGAUCUGCUGUCAGUUUUGACAGUGCUGGCCUCAACGGUGAUUCCUGGACUUCCACCAGGAGGCGGCCUUCAAAGCAAGCGGAACUGUAUAAUUUCUGCCUACUAUCAACAAAAAGAGGCUCGAAGAUCUAGAUUACCCCAGGAACUCAGUCCUACUGAUGCCAAUUAGAGUCCAUCUUAUUUAAGCAUUUACUGGAUGUGUUAGAUUGAGGAACUAAAGGUGAUCAGUUUUCUGUCUUUAAGCUUAUAUAUAUAAAAAAGAAAAGAUCUUCUUUAUGGACAGCAACAAUCAAGCAUUUUACUUCAGUCUUUUUGUAUGUUUCCUGAAUGAUCUGAAACUUGCAAAAAGCAAUGCUGUGCCACAUUGCAGGACAAUAAUGACUGUAUAUAACUUUGAUUCUUUAGAUUGUGAUACGUUCAGUAUUUUCCUUACCAAAUGUAUUCAAUGAGUCUUACAAUCGAAAAUACUCAGGUACAGUGUUCAAGCAGUGAUGAUAAACCUUUGAGAUUAUCUUCAGCCUUUGCAUAUGAUAGGUCAUUUUUGAAAGUGAUGCCAUAAAAUAUCGAUUUGUGGUUAUUCUCUGGACUCAAGCAACAAGCAAAUCACUGAUGCAUUAUUAAAGGAAUAGUUCACCUAAUAAUGAUUUACAGCACAUAGUCAAACAAUUCUAUUAAAUAUUCAUAAUCUUUUUGUGUGAACUAUUGCUUUAAGAAUUCAAACUUUACAUUAGAAGAUCUCUAAGAAGCUAAUUCUAUUUAAAAACAACACAUCUUGGGGUUUACAGGCCCAUAAUAUGGUCACAGAGUGCAACUUUUCCUGUUUUUGAAUAGUUGUUUCCUGUAAUACGCUCUGCUCCGUUUGCAUGAUCUGUACUGUGUUGCCUUACUGACCUCUUUGAAAUUAUGCCAAUAUAUAAAUGUGUUAACAUUACUGAGAUAUUUCCUAAUGACUAGCAAAUGAACUGAUGCAGUGCUGUGUCAUGUUGUGUAAUGAUCUUUGUGCACAUUUGACAGACCUUGUGCAAUAUUUGUGUUAAAAUAAAGGUUGAAGGUUAAGUAGUAAAAUAAACA